AUGUGCCCGUGCCCCCUGCACCGCGGCCGCGGCCCCCCGGCCGUGUGCGCCUGCAGCGCGGGCCGCCUGGGUCUGCGCUCGUCCGCCGCGCAGCUCACGGCCGCUCGGCUCAAGGCGCUCGGCGACGAGCUGCACCAGCGCACCAUGUGGCGGCGCCGCGCGCGGAGCCGGAGGGCGCCGGCGCCCGGCGCGCUCCCCACCUACUGGCCCUGGCUGUGCGCGGCCGCGCAGGUGGCGGCGCUGGCGGCCUGGCUGCUCGGCAGGCGGAACUUGUAGGAACGCGGGGCUUCUUGGUGGGGCCGGAGCCGAGACCCAGCCGGAGAGAGCAACAGGUUGGUGAAAACCCUGUGUCCUUGGAGAAAGCUGGUUCCCAUUUUCCUGAGGGGGAGCCCAGAGCUUGAAAGGCCGCAGUUGGCGCUUCGAGAAGGAAGUGGAGAGGCGUCUGGAGCCAUAGUAGCAACGGCGGAAAGGGACUGGGGAAGCCCUUUGCAUAUCCAGCUGCAGAAACAGACACCCCAAUGCUAUUUACAUACAGCUCUAUAUAUAAAAAAAGAAAAUAUGAAUAUUACUACUCAGUGCAUGUCUUGUCGAGGACACGGUCCCCUCCCUUUUCUGCACCUUCCCGUGUGAACUUUGAUGCUUCCGUGUCUGGGGCACCAGAAGUGAGGUGCGUACUGUGUACCUGGAAAAUCUGCAAAGACUGGUGGGAAUCAGCCCCAGAGUCGACCAACCACCUGGGGAGGGAUGCUGGCGGAGCGAGGGGGAAAUUGCAAAAGGCAAAAUAGAAAGAAAAGAGGAAAGUAAGGAGGAUGGGGGGGGGGGCAGCUCUGUUAGAGGCAGUCUGGGAUUCCUCCGUUUGUAAGUCUUGACAAGUCCCCGCCUCUCUGUACCUACCCAGGUAGAUAGCCUGUCCCGCUAGCACAUCAAGACAGAUGGGAUUUAUUUCCCUACCAAUCUGGUGUCUGGUCCUUCACUUAGAUUUUGCUGGUGCUAAGUGUGUUCUUACUGGCACUGCUAUGGGGUUCUGCGGCCAGACUGCAAGGCCAGGGGACAAGAGAGAUGUCUAUUUUGCUGUUUCAGAUUCAUUUUUUUUUUAAAGGGACAAGUCGCAAAAGUGCCACUUGAGAGUCUCUUCUCUUUCUCUGUGGGGAUGAAAACCCAGAGGUGUUUUGGAGCAAACCUUGGGGCCUGGGAGGGAGGAAGGGAAGGGAUGCUAUUGAGUGGCUCCCUGGUGGAGGCCUUUCUACCGAGGUGGAAAGCUGACCUCAUAUGUGACUUGUCUGCUCUGUCCUCUACCCCCGCAGAAGUGUCCUGGGAGUUCAGCCCACAGCCUCCCCCACUCCCCAAGGGGAUUUCAGGGCUUAGGUUUUAUGGAUUAAAGAGCCAAGAAAUGGCUACGUUCUGGUCAAGGGUGAUUUAUAAGCAAGAGGCACUGGGGGAAGGAGCGGGUCGUUUAACCGAAAUGCACCAGCAUCUCAGUGACUGACAGAGGAUCUGAUUUUGUUUUCCAGGAUAAGCUCCUAUUUUCAGAAGUUUCUAGAAGGGCUAAAAAAAGAUGUGUGCUGGACUGAGACUUGGCUGCAAAGACUCUUCAGGGAGCAAUGAUUAUUUUUUUGCUUUCAUUAAAAAAAAAAAAAAA